GGCCUGGGGCUGAUCCAGUCUUCAGCUCUCGCGGGCUGGGAGUCCGGGCCACAGAGGCCACACCCAGGGCUUGCUGGUCCCGCGCUUUCCGGAGCUCAGCAGGCGCUUGCUGCUUGAACUGGCCAAAGAAGGAACGAAUGAAUGACCCUUUUGCCAGGAUGGAGACCCGAGGGCCUCAGGGAGCUGCGAAUCCCAUGGACUCCUCCCGCAGCCUGGGGGACCUCGGGUCUUUUCUGCGCGAGGUGGGGCGCGGGGUCCCGCUGGCUCCGGGCGCCCGGAAUCCCGCGACGGCGGGGUCAAGCCGAAGCCAGGGCGGCGGCCACGAGGACAGAUCGGCAGGUCGGGCCCUCGGACCUUGGGCUGGAGAGGAAUUGGACCGUGAGUCCUGGGUCAGAGAGAAAGUACUGUUUCUCCUGCACCCAGAAAGGUGGUUAGGGACUCAAGGGGGCCCUGCACGGGAAAAGGUGGCCGGCGCAAAGGACCUUCCUCACGCGGCGGGUGGAGAGGACCACGGCGAGGAGCCCAAUUACCCUUCUGUCUCUCAACGAGAAAAGCGAGUUUCUGGCAGGCGUGUAGCCCCGCCGCGGGACCCAGCAGACCCAACCAAAUACGUGCUUGUGCGGGUGGAGGAUUAUCAGGUAACACAAGAAGUGUUGCAGACCUCCUGGGCCAAGGGUCGCAUGACCACCAGGACUGAGGAGCACUCCGUGACCGCGCUCACUUUUCGCAGCAGUAGAGAGGGACAGCCUGGGGGACACCGGGCCCCUGCUGAACCUCGGGAUCUCCAGGAACGAACAGGGGCACCCCGCGUUCACGCCGCGGAGAGGAGGGUUUCACCGUCUCCAGGGACCUUGCUCGAGGAGAUUAAACUCUAAAGAGUAACCCGAGAAAUGUUCCGGGAUGGUGGAUGAGCGAUCAUCCUUAAGAGAAAAUGCUAUUCUGGAAACUCCAACCAGCAAUUAACCUGCAAAAGGAACGUUUUGAGAGGCUGGCACAGAGCUUCAGGCAGGCAGAUUAAGAACUGUAAGCAGCAUAAUACCUCCUUUGUGGCUUGAAUUCCUUGGCGGUGUGGGGACCUAAGUCAUUCAGAAGAGGGAGAGAAAAGAUAUUUUCAGAUUGACAGAAUGUGGGAGUUUUGAAACGAGAAAACCUGUUGUUAAUUUGCAUUUUGGAAUACCUCAAUUGAUCUCUUUUCUGUUCCCCCCACGCCACCCCGCACUCUUGUUUCUCUUUAGGACCUAGAAACAGAAGUGAAGUUUGAAGUCUGCUCUCUGCAAAGAGGGUGGGAGUGGGUGAAGUAGAGAGGCUUGUUUUAAAAGCCAAAAACAGAAAGUAAGAAGAAAUGGGAAAAUAAAACCAAAGCAGCAAGUGACUCUCUUCUGAUGUGCACUUUUGAUUUUUCUUUCCCACAUUUCAGUGUUAGAAAGAAAAAGAGAGGAGCCAGGGAAAGAAGGAGUUGGGAACAGAAGACUAAGAUUUCAACAUGAAAUUCCAUUUACAAGGCUUUACCGCAAACAACAGCUAAUUUAGUCCUGUAAACAUGCAUUUAUCAUAAAUUUUUAAUUUUAAUAUUAAAAAUACUGCAUGCAAAUGUUCUGAUUUAAAGGUAGAUAACAAUAUGUAGUUUGCCAUAAAAUGAAUGCAUAUCUUAUUCUUUUCCUUAGUUCUUCAUUAAUGAGACCUGUAGUCAAGAAUGGAUUGAAAAUACCGAUCUCCUGGUGUAGUUAAAAAAAUCUCUUCUGGUAUUGCUGAAACAACUAAUUUUUCUUAUUUUGUUUAUUCUUCUUUAUUAUUAAAUACCAUCUGAAUUAACUCUUUAGUAGUUGGCCUGGUUGGAGCUCUGCGAGGAGCAAAGCAGCCCUCUCCAGGUGAACUACUUGACUUUACCACCUGAAGGAGUAUUUACUGCAAGAAUUAACAAAGCAGACUGGAGUGCAAUGGCAGGAUCUCGGCUCACCGCAACCUCUACCUCCCGGGUUCAAGAGAUUCUCCUACCUCAGCCUCCCGAGUAGCUGGGAUUACAGCCAUGCACCGCAACGCCUGGCUAAUUUUGUAUUUUUAUUAGAGACGGGGUUUCUCCAUCUCGGCCAGGCUGGUCUUGAACUCCUGACCUCAGGUGAUCCCCCUGCCUUGGCCUCCCAAAGUGCUAGGAUUACAGAUGUUCCUGAUCCAAGCAGAACCCUGUUAUUUGAAGAGCCUGACAAAUCUUAUCCCAUUUAGAAGUGUCCUGGGAGUGCAUCCAAAGUGAAACUUGGGCAUCCUCAAUACUAAGAAAUCUCUGAGAAUGGCUGGGUCUUGGCUCUUUGAUCUUACCUCUACUCCACUGACAAAUACGAUUAUCUAAAAUUGUGUUAGGUGGAUGAACCACAUCAAAGACUUCCAGAAACCACUCCAGUGACCAUAAGACAAAUGUCAGAAUCGCAUAACCACCAGGAUCAGAGAUGGAGUCUCACUCUGUCACCCAGCCUGGAAUGUAGUGGCAUCAUUGUCACUCACUGCCUCAAACUCCUUGGCUCAAGUGGUCCUCCCACCUCAGCCUCCCAAGUAGCUGGAGCUAUCGGCACAAGCUACCAUGCCUGGCUAUCCUUUUUUGUUGUUAUUUUUUUUUUUUUAAGCUAAGGAAUGAAUAAAGAAAAUAAAACAUUGCAUGACUGGUA